AUGGCUGAAGGAGGAGUGGGGAAUGGAGGAGACAACCUUCGGACGUGUCCCGAAUCUCUGGAGGACACUGGCACCUCGCCCACGUACGGCACAGGCCACUGUAAGUGGUUCAAUGUACGACUGGGUUUUGGAUUUAUAUCGAUGACUAGUCGCGCAGGAACUCCUGUUGAUCCUCCAGUGGAUGUGUUCGUUCAUCAAAGUAAGCUGCAUAUGGAAGGUUUUCGGAGUCUAAAGGAAGGCGAGGCGGUCGAGUUCACCUUCAAGAAGUCCUCCAAGGGUCUGGAGUGUGUGGGGGUGACGGGGCCUGGAGGAGCUCCCUGCAUUGGUAGUGAAAAAAAACCCAAAGGGAAAAGCGUGCAGCCAAAACGAAAGCCAAAGGGAGAUCGCUGUUAUAACUGUGGUGGUCUGGACCAUCACGCCAAAGAAUGCAGCCUCCCCCCUCAACCCAAGAAGUGCCACUACUGCCAGAGCGCCACGCACAUGGUGGCGCACUGUCCGCACAAAUUGUCUUCAGCAGCUCAGGGAACUUGCAGCUUAGAGCCACCUGCCUCAAACUCUGGCCAAAGUCCAAGCCCCCGAAGAGCCUCCCAGACAUCUCAGGACUGCCCGACCCCUAGCAAAGCCUCGGCUAAAGAUCCUACACCAAAAGCUGCCUCAUCUCAGAGAAAAAAGAGGAAAAAAUGA